UACCUUUCGUCGGACGCCUUGUUUCUUACCGGACAUAAUCCCGCUUCUUCAUCCAGGAGCUGCAGGAGUACUUGUCUUCGCCAGCAAUGGAGAGUCUCUGCCUCGACGUCAACUCCACGUUGCAAUACUCCUCGACCUCCGACUCCCCUCCGGAAUCCAGCUCCCCGUCGUCUUCUGUCUACCAAACAUCCCCUCCUCCGCCCGUGAAAGCCUCGAACAAGCUGGUCGUGACCAAUCUCUGCUACACCGUCCUGCCCGAGGCCAGUCUGAUCCGCUCGUGCUUCCGUCGCAAACAUGAGCCUCGCGCGGUGGAGGUCCUCAGAUCAGUUUCCUUCGUUGCCAACAGCUCGGAGAUCCUCGCCGUCGUCGGACCCAGUGGCGCUGGGAAGUCGACCCUUCUCCGUGUCAUCUCCGGCCGUUCCGGUAGUUCGCUUUUCGAUCCGAGAAGCAUCUCCCUCGGCGAUCAUCCUCUGACGAGCUCAGCCCAGCUGCGAAGGAUCUGUGGCUUCGUCACCCAGGAGGACAAUCUGCUUCCCCUCCUCACCGUGAAGGAAACGUUGAUGUUCAGUGCCAAGUUCCGGCUGAAAGGGAUGAGCGAGAGAAAGAUGGAAGAGAGAGUGGAGGGACUCAUCCGAGAACUGCGCCUCGAACAUGUAACCGAUAGCUAUGUCGGGGACGCGGAGACUAGAGGGAUUUCCGGAGGAGAAAGGAAGCGGCUCUCCAUCGGCGUCGACGUGAUCCACGACCCGCCCAUCCUCCUCCUCGACGAGCCCACGUCGGGCCUCGACAGUACCUCGGCGUUGCAGGUGGUUCAGCUACUCGCUUCCAUGGCCCGAACAAGGCAGCAGAUCCUGAUUCUAACCAUACACCAGCCGAGCUAUCGGAUCCUUCAAUAUGUCUCGUCUUUCUUGCUCCUCUCCCAUGGCAAGUUAGCUCAUUAUGGCAGCAUCCAAUCUCUCUCACAGACGAUAUCGCAGCUGGGAUUCAAGAUCCCUGUCCGAGUCAAUCCGUUGGAGUUCGCCAUGGAGAUCACCCAACAAUUGGAGGAUUACGGUGCCAAACACGCGACCAUUAACUGUCCCAACGAGCCAAGCCAAGAACGAUUAGAGGGAGACCACCCUGAGAGAGACGAUGGCUACUGCUCGCGGAUAGCUGAGAUGAGAACACUCAGCUGGAGGUUUUGGAAGAUAAUCUACAGAACAAAGCAGUUGUUCCUCGCCAGAACGAUGCAAGCCAUCGUUGGUGGGCUGGGACUCGGCACCGUUUACCUGCGUGUGAAGUCGGAUCCCGAUGGUAUAGCAAAGAGGCUCGGCCUCUUCGCCUUCAGCCUCAGCUUCCUCCUCUCUUCCACCGUGGAAGCACUACCGAUCUUCCUGCAGGAGCGGCGCGUUCUCAUGAGGGAGACAUCGAGGAGGAUGUAUCGGGUCUCCUCCUACAUGGUAGCCAACACCGUCGUCUUCAUCCCCUUCUUACUGGUGGUGGCGCUUCUGUUCGCAGUGCCAGUGUACUGGCUCGUAGGCCUCAAUCCCUCCAUCAGCGCGUUCAUGUUCUUCGUGCUGGCAGUCUGGAUGAUUGUGUUGAUGGCCAGCUCCUUGGUUCUCUUCCUCAGUGCAGUCUCACCGGACUUCAUACUGGGGAAUUCUCUGAUAUGCACAUUCCUGGGGAUCUUCUUCCUGUUCUCGGGAUACUUCAUUCCCAAGGACAGCAUCCCAAAGUACUGGAUCUUCAUGUACUACAUCUCCCUCUACAGGUAUCCACUGGACUUCCUACUGAUCAACGAGUACUGGAGCGUGAGAGGCAAGUGCUUCUCCUGGCUCGGUGAUGUGUGCUCUCUCACGGGUGGUGAUGUUCUAAGGGCCAGAGGAUUGGAAAAGGACACCAGGUGGAUGGACGUUGGAAUCAUGUGCUGUUUCUUCUUGGCCUAUCGAGUUCUCUGUUGGCUUCUGCUGGUUAGGAAGGCUUCCAAGACCAUGCUCUGAAUCUUCCUGCUGUGUACGUUUGUGGAGUUCCUCAAAAGCUUGCAUUUUUCUGUGAUUUUGCUUCAUGUGUUCACUGUUUGUGGAUGAACAUUUCCUUUAUAUAAAUAUUUGUGCAGUGUAGGGAGAAGGAAGUUUCACUUUCUACUGUCGUCCUAUAUAUAUUGAUUGUGAUCAAGAAAUAUUUGUUCA